CCAUGUUGUUCGGGGACACGUUAACAGGUGCAAUUGUCUCCGUUUUAUCUCCGUUGUUAAUUGGAAGGAAACGAAUCACAAUCUGGUCUUCAAAGUUCUUCAACCAGAGUCAUACGGAACUUUGUGACCGACCCUGGCGUUUGACGGUGGAGAACCUUCUGAUACGACACCGUAGAGAUCCAUCAGAAACACGAGCAACUCACUAAGCUACACGAGUGCGCACUACAGCCUCACAGAGGAGGAGACACGGAGAUAAAGGGGACACGGCAGGGACUCUACCGGCUUCGGUGCGACGACGACGCGCCUCUCUCGAUCGUGCUGCUCCACACGGGCGGAUUUGAACCGCUGCGGCUCGAAUAAGUGGACACGGGACGAAAAUCUGCUUCUUUCAUGCCAUCAUUUGCUGUGUUUCUCUCCCGGCUGUGACGCCAGCGGAGGAGAAGAAACCGGAGGACACAGACGGAGCGCGGACUGACGGAUAGAUCGGACGAAGCCAGCGUUUCCCUCCACCGGCUGCACGGCACGGAUGCAAAGAGAACGGCUCCCGGUUUGUUUCUCUUCCUCUGGUUCCGGUGUGAUCUGUGGAGCAUGGGAUGCAGCUGCGAGCGUCAGCGGCUUGUUUCGAGCGGAGACACCGGAGAAGAUGCUGCACCUCUGAGGUUUUGGCAGCGUGUUGUUGACCGUUCACGUACCGUGGAAUAAUGCAGCCAGACUCAACUUUGUUCACGGGCCUAACAGACUGCGAUCAUCUGGUCUCUGGUGGUGGACGUCGCUCGGUGCGUCAGUGAAGAACCAGUGAAGAACCAGUGGAGAACCAGUGCAGUUCGUACCUGGAGCCCUGCAUGUGCUCUGUUCUGCCCCCAUCCUGCUGCUUAUCUGCCUCGGUGUCAGUGACUGAUGUAGGUGAAGGCAGUAGAGUUGGUGUGUGUGUUUGUAGACAGGCCCUAACCUCUGCCCAUGCAGAUCCAGCAGAUAACCAGAUGAGACAGCUGUAGGAGCUGCUCUGACUGUCAGCUGGUCGCCUUUCAAAUCGUUCUCUAGCUUUUUUUAAAUUUUUAUUUUCUUUCUUUCUUUUUCUUUUUUUUUUUACACAUGCUCAGGGCCGUAGACGGGCUUUUGGGCAGACUCAGUCUAAGUCACUGACACUCUCGAAUAAGAGACCAGAUCUCAACAAAAGUUUCAAUGGUUUUCCGAAAGUUGCCCGGUGUGUCGGCAUCGGGCAUGGGUCUGCGCCUGUCCCAGAAAUUUGUCUUUCUGCUUUUCCUCUCGGGUUUGGUCACUCUGUGCUUUGGUGCCCUUUUCUUUUUGCCCGACUCUGUGCGGCUGAAGCGCAUCUUCUUGUCCAAGACGGAGACCCAGCCGGUCACUGUUGGGUCAGAGAACGAUGCCCGCGAGCACCUGAAGAAACCCAGGGAGCAGGAGCAUCAGAAGGGCAUGACCUCUGCCAAGGGGGAGACGGGCAUCAAGCUGAAGAGUCAAAGCCGCAGGGCCCCGGUGUCACAACAGGAGGUCACAGAGGAGAGACUACCUGCUGGGAAAACACAGGAGGAUCCCACUCUGAUCAGGUCCAAAACGGAGUCGGCUUCGGACCGAGCCGUCCUCUACGACCAAAGUGCCAACUCGGAUUUUUUCUCUUACAAGAAGUUCAAAAAGUGUCUGCUGAAGCCGCCGCUGGGCAGAGACAACGGCACCCCCAGUGACCCCAGGACCAGCGAGCGCAGGGAGAAAGUCAAAGAGAUGAUGAAGUUUGCCUGGGACAACUACAAGCAUUUCGCCUGGGGCAAGAACGAGCUGCGGCCUUUGACGAGAAACGGACAUAUUGGCAACAUGUUCGGUGGUCUAAGAGGAGCGUCCAUCAUCGACUCCCUGGACACACUCUACAUAAUGGGACUAAUGGAGGAGUACAACGACGCCAAGGAGUGGGUGAAGAACAGCCUGGACCUCAACUCUAACGGCGAGGCGUCGCUCUUUGAGGUGAACAUCCGUUAUGUUGGCGGCCUGUUGGCGGCGUACUACCUGACAGGAGAGGAGUUGUUCAAGGAUAAAGUGUUGGAGCUGGGGGAGAAGCUGCUGCCGGCCUUCAACACCCCCACAGGAAUCCCCCGAGGAGUCAUCAACCUGGGAAGUGGAACCAGCUGGAGUUGGGGCUGGGCCUCAGCUGGGAGCAGCAUCCUGGCCGAGUUUGGAACCCUCCACCUGGAGUUCGUCCAUCUGUCGGAGCUGUCCAACAAUCCCAUCUACAGGGAGAAGGUGAUGAACAUCAGGAAACUCCUGAACAAGAUCGAGAAACCGCACGGCCUCUACCCCAACUUCCUGAGUCCAGUCAGUGGAAACUGGGUCCAACACCACGUUUCCAUCGGUGGCCUCGGGGAUAGUUUCUACGAGUACCUGAUUAAAUCGUACCUGAUGUCUGACAAGACCGACGACGAAGCGAAGACCAUGUACUACAGCGCCCUGGACGCCAUCGAAGCCAACCUGGUGCAGAAGUCACCUGGUGGUCUCACCUACAUGGCCGAGUGGAGGGGGGGGAUCCUGGACCAUAAGAUGGGUCACCUGGCCUGCUUCUCUGGGGGAAUGAUCGGCAUCGGGGCCGACGAUGGAGCGCUGGACAAGAAGCAGCACUACCUGGACCUGGCUGCAGAGAUAACACACACCUGCCACGAGAGCUACACACGCUCAGCCACCAAACUCGGACCUGAGGCGUUCAGAUUUGACAGCGGAUCUGAAGCCACGGCGACCAGGCUCAGUGACCGAUACUACAUCCUGCGACCCGAGGUCAUCGAGAGCUACAUGUACAUGUGGAGGCUCACCCACGACCCCAAGUACAGGGAGUGGGGCUGGGAGGCUGUCCAGGCCCUGGAGGAGCACUGCAGAGUGGAUUCUGGUUUCUCCGGGAUCCGAGACGUUUACACGGUGACAGUCAGUCACGAUAACAUGCAGCAGAGUUUCUUCCUCUCAGAGACGCUCAAGUAUCUGUAUCUGCUCUUCUCAGACGACGACCUCCUCCCCCUGGAAGACUGGGUCUUCAACACGGAAGCCCACCCGCUGCCCAUCGUCCGUAAGAGCUGUCUGCAGGACGAAGCCACACAGACGGCCUCCAAAUAAGACGGACCGCGGCUUGAACACACAGAUGGAUUAAAGGGGAGAAACGUCACACGUCCAAAUGCAGAUCCGGUGCAGGUUUAAAAUCCCAGGAGCGUCGUACCAACCGUCGAGUCUUUUCCAGAGAUGGAUGUUGUCGUCUUAGGCUGCGGCGGUUUUUCUUUGGCCUCGAGGACUUCCUGUUGCCACUUGUUUUGUUUUUUGUUUUUUUGUGGACAAUCAGAAACAAACAGGACUUCUGUGAGAAGAGCACCUUUUUCUUUCCUUCUUUCCUCUGUGAGGAAACAGCGCAACUUACAGACCCAGAUGAACAGGAAGUGGGUUGAAUUAUGGGCCAUCAGUGAAACGCAGAAAAUCACAAGUUUUUUUGCUCUUUUUUUUUUAUUUAAAUCUUGACGAAUUUUUUUUUAAUCUUAUCUUUUCUUUUCUUUUCUCUGUCGUGAGUAUCCACACUUUUGACCAAAGGUUUCUUUCCAUUUCCUCUCUUUAGUUCAACUGUGGUGUUUUUUGGUGAGAUUUGAUGGGAAAUAUAAAUUGUAUAGACAAACAGGAAAUCAAACACACCUCCAAAACUAAUGUUGAUGUCAAGUUUCCCACCGAAACCUGUUGCAAUGGUCAGGAGACGCUGGGACGGUGACGACUGUGUCUGUGUCCAGAGACCAUUUUUUAUGCUGUUGGUGGUGGGUUUCUUUGUUUUUUUCCACUGUUCGUUGGAGUUUCCGAUGAAACACGACUGUUGUUGUUUUUAAGGUGACGACCUGACAGUCGUCUGAGGGUGGGUUUGCCAGCUAGCUCCAAAUGUUCUCCCCAGUUUCUGUUGUUCUGAUUCACCCUGCCUUUACCUGUGAAUCCACUCUGACACCAAUAGUCACGUUUGAAAAGUCAGGCUGCAGAGACGAGCUGUGGUUUCCUGCAGAUCUGAGGAGUGAGUGCUGUACAUACAGAGUGAGUGAGUGACCCAGUGUCAGCCUGUCUGGACGGUUCUGUGAUUAUUGUUUUUAAAUUCAGUGAGGGUUUUUUUCCUACAUUUUGUUUUUAAUUUGCUUCCCUCAGGUGUUUCAGUAAGAAAAAAAAAAUCGGAUUUUAAGUCUAAUUAUUAUCGCUGACAAUGAUUAUUCUUAUUUCUUAUCCUAACUCUUUGAUUUAACUUUAAUUGUUGAGUAUUUUCAAAUACUGAUAAAUUAACUGUGCAACUUUGUACAUUUAAAACAA